UUGGAUUAGGGCAUUAGGCCUUCCACAUGCAUCGUUUUGCGAUAAAAUUGAGCCCCAGUAGCCCUCUGGUCUCAUUUCCUUUCGUCUUCCCGUUGCUGCGGCUGUUGGUACGACAGAUCUAGGACCUGCAUUUCAAUCCUCGCUUUCUGAAAGGCUGUUAUCUUGAAUACGCCGCGUCAUGUUCCUUGAAUCGUGGACUGCAACUUACUCCAGAAACUUUUCCUUAAAAAAAAAAAGAAACUUCCUACAGAAACUGAGGUUAUGCGAUAUCACUCAACGAUUCUGUCUGAAUAUCAAUGUCAGGUAAUCACUUCCGCAAGCUGGCAAUGCAUUAGCGUAUACAGGCAGAUUCAGACGGUCACAGCUCGCUCUAGAUCCUUGAAUUCUUUCCAAUCCCACUGGCCACUGCCAUGCGCCAUGCUGGCCAAAGGGAGGCAGAGGACCGCAGCUUCCGGAGUUCAGAUCGACAGCCACGCUGCAGCGGCAAUGUCCGCCGGCGACAUGGCCGGGCGGUGGAGGGAGCUGCACGGCAGCGGGCACUGGGAGGGCCUGCUGGAGCCGCUGGACGUCGGCCUCCGGCACCGCCUCAUCGCCUGCGGCGAGAUGAUCACGGCCACGUACGAGGCAUUCAUCGGCGAGGGCCGGUCCCCGAACGCCGGGAUGUGCCGGUACCGCCGUGCCGACCUGUUCCGGCGCGUGGACGUGUCCCACCCGGGGUGGUACGCGGCGACGCGGUACGUCUACGCCACGGCCAGCGCCGAGGUGCGCGGCAAGGUGCUGCUCCGCCCGCUCUGCCGCCGGGGCCGCGCCAGGGAGUGCAACUGGAUGGGGUACGUGGCCGUGGCCACGGACGAGGGCGCCGCCGCGCUCGGCCGCAGGGACAUCGUCGUGGCGUGGCGCGGCACGCAGCGCGCGCUCGAGUGGGUCGCCGACCUCAAGCUCGCGCUCGCCUCCGCCGCGGGGAUCCUCGGGCCCGAGGGCGCCGACGGCUCCGACCCGUCGGUGCACCGCGGGUACCUGUCGCUGUACACGUCGGCGGACGAGGGAUGCAGGCUGAGCAAGCAGAGCGCCAGGAUGCAGGUUCUGACAGAGAUCGCAAGGCUGAUGGACAAAUACAAGGACGAGGAGACGAGCAUCACCGUCGUCGGCCACAGCCUGGGCGUGACCCUGGCCACGCUCAACGCCGCCGACAUCGUCGCCAACGCCUACAACAAGUCCCCGGGCGGCUUCGACGACCGCCGCCGCGCCCCGGUCACUGCCGUGGUGUUCGGCAGCCCGCGCACGGGGGACCGCGACUUCCGGGACGUCUUCCACCGCCUCCCGGGCCUCCGGAUGCUCCGCGUCCGGAACAAGCCCCGACCGCAUCCCGCACUACCGCCCGUGGGCUACGCCGACGUGAGCGUCGAGCUGCUCAUCGACACGCGCCGGUCGCCGUUCCUCAGGCUCCACGGCGACGAGUCGCAGUCGCACGACCUCGAGGUCCACCUGCACGGCGUCGCCGGGUGGCAGGGCGACCGCGGCGGCUUCGAGCUGGCGGUGGCCCGGGACGUCGCGCUGGUGAACAAGUUCGACGACUGCCUCGCCGACGAGUACCCCGUGCCCGUGGGCUGGAAGGUGCACCACAACAAGAACAUGGUGAAGGGGCCCGACGGGAGGUGGGUCUUGGAGGACCAUGAGCCUGACUACGACGACGAGGAGGAGGAUGGCAACAUCAGCUUGUAGGAACAAAAAUGAUUUGGACGCCGUCCAGUCCCGCCAAGCCAUGCCAGCGAAUUAUGCUUUGUGUUGUUGCGCAUCUUGCCCUCGAAAAAUGCCUUUUGCAUACUGUUCUGGUAAAUAAACAUCUCCUUUGGCAGUUCAGUUUUGGGAUCUGUACUGCAUUUGCGAUCAGAUUGGUAAGACCAUAGCUGAGGUUUGGGAUGGACGAGAGGUGAAGUUAACUUUUGGAGGAACUUUUUGCCCCAGAAUGAUGGAAAGAUGGUUUGAAUUAUCUGAAGUAGUUACUAGCAUAGUAUAUAAUUCAGAUGGAAAUUCAUUAAUUUGGGUCUAUGAGAGUAAGAGGGGGGGGGGGUAUUAGUCCAAUUCACUUUAUGUCGUAAUAAAGUUCAGAGGGGUUCAGCCUA